GUUUUAUCCAUGAAGGAAAGGUGCUGCAGUAUUGUUUGUGCUCUACCGUGCUCAAUGAGCAUCCACCUCUCGGUCGCUCAUUAUUUCGUGUUGCAUUGUUUCUUGUCUACGCUAUAUGCUUCAGAGUGGUCAUGGUGAAGACGCUCUUUGAGAGACAAUACUAGCAUUAAGUCGGACGAUAAUGUUUUUUCGAGCACAUCAUUUUCUCAUAAUUCGGUAUCGUCGUGCUUUGCUCGCAAAGACUAUUACUUAAUCGUCGUACUGUCGUUCGUCCUACAGUCGUUGACCGUCGGUCGUGAGAGAUGCGUUUUGAAAUUGGUCUUUAUCAUCGAGCAUGCAAAGCUGGCGCCUGUUUCAUGAAGACGAGUCAGGAGUCGAUUAAAAACCCGUCAACAUCGAAUUGUAGGCAUUUCCUGUUAUUUCCCCACCUCCCAUUUUUAUAUUUGCAAAAUUGAAGGCACAAAUCCUUGAACAGGUAUUCGUUUUGCAGCAGUAUAAGGUAGAGUUUUUCGCUGAAAAAUUCACCAGGUGACAACUAACAUGGGCAUGAUUGUUUUUUGCAAAUUUCUGCAGACGUAGGGUAGACAAAAAAAUACACGCCUUAAAGGCACUUCUGUGGACAGACUUUUACGUGUUUAGAGAAUACCUAGCGCUAGCGCAUCAAACAGCCGACAAAAUGGCAUCCUGGGGACCGAAGAACGUGUUUACGCCGACGACGCUCUGCGGCAACUGGAGCGAGGACAGGUUAGCAGUCUGUUUGCUUGUCGUGAUCUUAUGUUUAAUUGCUGCAGCUUGUUCAUCAAUAAUCUUUGAUGUCAUGCAGAAAUGCAUGCAAAUAGACUAUCUAUUAUCAAUGAAGUACUCCCUUUGUCGUUCGGAAAUUGAUUCAAAACCAUCUACAAGUAUUAAAACAACGCCAGGUGGGACGUGAAGUUUCAGGAGAAGGUACGAUAUUCGAAGGUGUACUCCCUUCCGACACGAAGCGCGGGAAAUUGGAGCAAGACGAGUGAUGCCCACGGAGACUGGUGUCGAGAGGAAAUGAUCAAAAAGUAUACUUAUUCUGAAUAGUUCGCGUCGGCAUACUAGAACCCUUUACUUUUUUUAGCUCUAGGACAUAGGGCGAGCAGAUUUCGAUUUACAACUCUUUCCUCUCUCUAGUGCGUAAGGUCAGCAAAGACAGUGGAUAUCGUUGUCAUUCCAUUUUGUAUGUGGAUCUGUAGUUGUCCAACAAAGAGAUGUUGAAAUCUUGUGCAACGAACUCUAAAGGAACACUGUCGUGCGUGAGAUUGACUACCUGAAGCGUGAUGAUAUCGACUUGUCGGAGACGUAUGCAACGACGCAACGAGCAGUCUUCACUGACCCAAAGACUAGACCAGUUUCGCCUGAUGUCAACCCUUUUCUGGGCAAGGAGCGAUUCCUCGAAGACUACAGGAAGACGUGGUAUAAUUUCUACAAUGAACAAGACAUGGGACAUGAAAUGAACUAUAACAAGUGUUUUAGGACCGCUCCUUUUUUCAGGCAAAAAUUCGAUUUUGUGGAGAACGAACUCGGACUGGGUGAAAUUUCUUAGAAGUUUUCUCUUUACCAAGUAUCUCAAAAAUUAACUUUUGUAUAAUCAGGACGAGCUCCGAUGGACAUCAGUUCUACCGCAAGCGGGAUAUGUGAGCUCUUUAACAGCGUCUUUCGGCCUGCUGAUUAUGUUGGUGGAGUUUACUGCUUUCCCCGGCGCUUGUAAUUCAUGCGAAUGACGACCAUCCUGUUGCGUUGCUUCGAACUUCACCUUACAAGUUCCCUAUAAAUAUGGGUAGAAAAGGGAAGAUUUAUCGAUCAACUGUAAUUAAAGACGAUGCAAUGCCAUGGGGGUGAAAAUCGAAAUUCCGAUUCUAAAAACAUGUCAUGCAAUGGAUUUAUUUGUCGCGUACUUUCUUAUCAAAGAAAUUUAUGAAGAUAAUUGUGAUUGAGAUUUUUGUCAACUACCUCUUAAUGACUAAUAUUGAUUCCACUUUCCAAGAUUUUGCCUUCAUUGAUCCUCGUAGUUAAUGAUAGGCACUGCAUAGUUGGUGUCAUUCCUCAGUUAUUUUUGCUUACUAUCGAUUGCUUGUUGUUGUUCUGCGUCGUUCUUGUUCUACGGAAAUAUGUAUAAGGUACGAAAGAUUAUGAUGAACUUAACGUAUAAUCAGCUUUUGAACAGGUAGUAUUCACACAGAUAAUAAUUCUUGACCCUCUCCUUCCCAUCCAUUUCUAAGCAACAACUUCAACCUUUGUGCAUCUCCCUUUUCAGUUAUUUCGAUUAUUCCCACCGACGUAACUAAAAUUGAAGAUACUUUUUGUAGCAGAUCUUGCCUGAGCCUUUCCAAAAAUCGUAGUUUUUUCGGUAAGAAUCUAUCAUCUUCGAUCUUACUUAGUCAAAGACGUAGAAAUAGAUCGUACGUGCCGACACCUUGAACGUCAACCCCGUCGCCCGUUUCAUGAAGAUGGAUGUCAUUCUAUUCUCCACAAAGUACCCGGCCUCUCCCUUUGAUACGAAUCUUGGACGUGGCAUCGUGGUAUAAGGUAGUAAGUACAUGUUUAUACUCAUGAUUUUGUCAUCCGCCGGGUACAGCCGCUCUGGAGCAUGAAUGUUGAGAGAUUCUCGCAUAGAAAACUGCUUGGAGUUUCAAUCUUACAUCGCACACAAGAAGGGAAAAAGAUCAAACAAAUUCAGGAAGCGACUCGAAUGUAGCAUUUUUGAGCGUUUGAGGAUCCCUUGAUCAUAGAGACGCACCUUAGGAUCAAAUUUUGAACAAAAAUUGGCAGGAGAUCCAUCCCACAGGAACAUUAG